GCUGGUCUGGAUGAAGAGCCUGGCUGAUGAGCGCGGAAUGGGCUAGCUGUUAGCAAGCUGGACUCGGCAGCAGGCCAGGCUCGGACCUCGGCUCCGGCCACCCGUGCAUGAAGCCGAUGCCUUUGCACCAGUUCCUGUAGAUGAGACACAGCACACACUGGGGUAUUUAUGAGCCGCCAUUUCUUGCACUAUUGUGGUGAGCCUACCCUGGAUGUGAAGAUUGCCUUUUGUCAGGUGUGUGUUCCUUACAGGUAAAACAAGGGAUUUGGGAAACAAGUGGAUGUGUCAUACAUUGCCAAACAUUACAACAUGAGCAAAAGCAAAGUGGACAACCAGUUCUACAGCGUGGAAGUAGGAGACUCGACCUUCACAGUCCUCAAGCGCUACCAGAACUUGAAACCCAUCGGCUCUGGGGCUCAGGGAAUCGUGUGUGCUGCCUACGAUGCCGUCCUGGACCGGAACGUGGCCAUCAAGAAGCUCAGCAGACCCUUCCAGAACCAAACCCACGCCAAGAGAGCUUACAGGGAGCUGGUCCUGAUGAAGUGUGUCAACCACAAGAACAUUAUCAGCUUAUUAAAUGUCUUCACACCACAGAAAUCUCUGGAGGAGUUCCAGGAUGUUUACCUGGUGAUGGAGCUAAUGGAUGCCAACCUGUGCCAGGUCAUUCAGAUGGAGCUGGACCACGAGCGAAUGUCUUACCUCCUGUACCAGAUGCUCUGUGGGAUCAAGCAUCUCCACUCUGCAGGCAUCAUUCACAGGGAUUUAAAACCCAGUAACAUUGUGGUGAAAUCUGACUGCACCUUGAAGAUUCUGGACUUUGGGCUGGCCAGGACUGCAGGCACCAGCUUCAUGAUGACUCCCUACGUGGUGACACGCUACUACAGAGCCCCAGAGGUCAUCUUGGGAAUGGGCUACAAGGAGAACGUGGAUAUAUGGUCUGUGGGAUGCAUUAUGGGAGAGAUGGUUCGCCACAAAAUCCUCUUUCCAGGAAGGGACUAUAUUGACCAGUGGAACAAAGUCAUAGAGCAGCUGGGGACGCCCUGCCCGGAGUUCAUGAAGAAGCUGCAGCCCACGGUGAGGAACUACGUGGAGAACAGGCCCAAGUACGCCGGCCUCACCUUCCCCAAGCUCUUCCCAGACUCUCUCUUCCCUGCUGACUCAGAACACAACAAACUCAAAGCCAGCCAAGCCAGGGACCUUCUAUCAAAGAUGCUGGUCAUUGACCCUGCCAAGAGGAUAUCAGUAGAUGAAGCCUUACAGCACCCCUACAUUAAUGUCUGGUAUGACCCAGCAGAAGUGGAGGCGCCUCCUCCUCAGAUCUAUGACAAGCAGCUGGAUGAAAGGGAACACACAAUCGAGGAGUGGAAAGAACUCAUCUACAAAGAAGUAAUGAAUUCUGAAGAAAAGACUAAAAAUGGUGUAGUAAAAGGCCAGCCUUCUCCUUCAGGUGCAGCAGUGAACAGCAGCGAAAGCCUCCCUCCGUCCUCCUCUGUCAACGACAUCUCGUCCAUGUCCACGGAUCAAACCCUGGCGUCCGACACGGACAGCAGCCUGGAAGCUUCUGCGGGACCGCUGGGCUGUUGCAGGUGACUAGCCGCCUGCCUGCGAAACCCAGCCUUCUUCAGAGGGUGAUGCGAGCCGGCACGGGAAGGAAAGCUUUGGGAAGGAGCAGCGGGCUGGGGGGAAGGGCCCGGAGAGGGAAGAGAAAGCGACCGCCAGGAUUUCGGCCGGACCGAGCCGACGAGCCAGCAAGCAAACGACGAAACGAGCGA